AUGAGCAGUGAAUUUAAAAAAUUACCUGAAAUAAUACAGAUACUGACCUUAGUCUUUACCAGAAAAAUCAUUUACAAUGAUAAUUUUAAUCCGGAACCGAUAUCUCAAGGGAAUAAAGAACUUUGUGAGGAAUUUAUUGCAGAAUAUCUUUUAAAUGGAAAAACAGUAAAAUUUGAAAUUUUGGAAUCAAGAUUAAAAAAUAAGAGCAAAAAUGAAGGAUUAAUACCUGUUUUUAUUGAACAUGCUGAAACAUAUUAUAAAGAUAGGGAGAUAUUAUUUGAAAAUAAACAUGAAUUAAUUCCGUUUAUCUUUCAUUAUUUUAGACAAAGAGAAAAUGAAAUAUCAAAUAAUCAAAAUUUUGAAGAUUUUAAAGAAAGCAUUUUGACUGAUAUUGAGAACAUAAUUGGAUUAAAAAAUACAGGAGAUUUUCAAGAAAGAUUAAAUCGAAUUAAAGAACACUCAAUCAAAGAGCAAACUUCAAAAAGAAAUAAGAAAAAAAUUUGGGUAAAAUUUAAUGAAAACACUAUAAAAAUAAUUUUUAAUGGUGAUGAUGUUUUUGAUUUAGUAGAAGAGGUAACUACAAAAUUAAAUGGGCUAGAGAAUUUCAAAAUUGAUUUGAUUGAAGCAUAUAAGCAUAAUUCAACGGAACCGCUAAAAUUUGGGGAUAUAAUUGAUGAUACUUUUAUCAACCAAUAUGAAACACCAAUAGUUAUUAGAGUUAAAGCAUAA